AUGGGAAUAUUUAUUAAUAAGCUUUUAGGAGUAUUUAAAUCAUCAUCAAAUAAUCAACAACAACAACAACAACAACAACAACAACAACAGCAACAGAGUUUAGUAGAAACCAACAACGCUAAGAUCAUUCAUAAAUGUCCGAAAAUAACUUUAGGUACUACAAAUGAUAAUGAUAAUAAUAAUAAUAACAAUAACAAUCAAGAUACAAAUUCAAUUACUCAUAUGAAUGAAAGUCAACUCCAACUGGUUGAAUUGUGGCAAUUUCCUCAAUAUCAACCCGUAUCAGAUCAUUCAUAUAAGAGAAGUAGUGACAAUAGAAGAAGAUCAUCAAAUGAUUCAAUGAUGACAAUGAGUACUAUCAUAUCAAGAAGAAGAUCAAUUGAAUUGGUGGCUCAAGAAUUGGAAAUUGAAAAUAUAAAAAAUUCCCUACCUGAAGGGUUUAAAGUUGAUUGA